AUGCCGAGGCAGAGAAUUGAGAGAACACCUGAAGAAGAAGAGGAAUUCCAACGAGCUAAACGUCAAAAAAAUGCAAAUCGUCAACGAUCUUUUCGACAGAGAAGGGUUUUAGAACAAGCUCAUUUACAAAAUAUUGAAUUAGAUCUGAAUAAUAUAGAAGAACAUUACAUAGGUAGCAUGACUGUUUUAUGUAAGCACUGUAAUGCAAAACAUUUUAAAGCAGAAGAACCAGGGAAUAAAAAAAAUUCAUUCAAUGAUUGUUGUUGUCAUGGUGAAGUCUGUCUUGGAACUUUGCCAGUUCCUCCAAAAAUACUGACAGAUUUAUUCACAGUCAAUUUCAACCCUAACAACCAUUCUGGACCUUAUUGUUUUAAAAUUCACGGUCAAAUAUAUUAUCAACUGAAUACAUCUCUGUACCCCGCAUCUAAUGAUUCACCAGCAUUUGGACAAUUUUUUAUUGUUGACCAAAACGAAUCAUCUAAUAUUCGAUGUAAUGAAUCAUCGCAGUUGGAUAGACAAAUAGUUGACGCUAUUGAUAAAGCUCUUCGUGAAUGCAAUAUUUAUGCUCAAUCUUAUCAGAUGAUGCAUGAGGAAAUACGUCAGGCCGUGAGCAACAAUCCAUUAGAACCUGAACCUGAAAUGAAUUUAAUUUUUUUGAAUAGACAAGGAAUAGAUGAGAGACGAUACAAUGAUCAGAGAGUUAAUGAGGUUGCUGCUAUUUUUACAACUACUGCUGAUGGUGAAAUACCAGGGUCUUAUGUAUCAAUACGGAAUAAGCAGACUAAAAAAUUAGAAUUAGUUAGUUCAAUGAACCCCAAUAUCGAGCCUUGGGUGUAUCCAAUGUAUUACCCUCAUGGUACAAGAGGAUGGCAUGAUAAAUGA